AUGUCGAAACGAUUGUCGUCCAUAUUCUCAAUGUCCAAAGACGACCAUGGCAGGGACCCGAUGCAGCAUUCUCCGCUUCCCAGAAACACCUCGAGUCCUGCCCUCGUCCCUCCACCAGUACCAGGCAAACUGCACAAAGCUGCAACAAGUCAGACUCCAAAUCAAACCACCUUUCCAGAACCUACUCUCCCCGUCACGCCCCUUGCACCGCCGCCGCUCCUGACUGGGGAUGGUAUGGUGCGUCCACCUAGUGCCGCCGGCUCCGGCAGCAGACCGGGCAGUCAAGCGAGUGUUCGAAGUCGUCCUCAAACCCCUACCUUUACCAUCACGCCUGUCGAAGGCUCUCCCAUCGGGCCGACCACUCCUACUUCCACGUCAAAACUAAGCAAGAGAAGCAGUUGGCUUCCAGGUGGUAAAUCGCCUACGGCUAAGACCAAGGGCGGUGCCAAACAUUCUCAGGCCUGGAUUGCGGGUCUGCCGGACCAUGUCCCAUACGACUUGACUCCGUUGGUGAAAGGCGAACGAGUGCUCGAUCUGUGGAAUGACCAAGCCGAUACCGUCCUUUACCUUUUUCCCAAGUCUUCGCGGCGCGGCCCUUCCUUCCGGAUAGACUCCGCCCUUCUUGAAGAUUCCAACGCGCUCAAGCUACUCCGCCUAGAAAGUGCAGUCUCCCCAAGACUAUCGCCACAUCCUCACCCAGAUUUUGCUUCUUUGUCGCUGCACGACAAUGGACAUGGGUAUUAUCGAGGCACCCAAGAGAGCUAUGCGCCACCUUCGGUCAACAACUAUGCUCAAGAUGAGGCUCAUAUCCACCUUCCAUUGGAGUUUGACGGCGACCUGUCGACACCCGACUCGAUCCCCAAAGGCGAUGAUUUGGAGCUUCUUGUCCUGUAUCGUAAUUUCUUCGCGUUUCUGCAAGGCGGAGCGCUUGUAGCCACUCCGCGUCAAUCGAAUCUCUACGCCGUAUUCAUGGGUAUCAGCAGUAUUCUCAAGAGGUUUCGCUUUUCCAACGCCGACGGCUCUACUUGGGGCGAUGUCACGACUCACAGCUUCGCCAGAUAUUGUCAGGAGCUGCGACUUGCCGAUGUUCGUUCCAGUAGAGAGAAGACAGUCGAGGCUCUGGUUCUGGGCGAGCACAUGCGUUUUUGGGCUCUGUACAACGAAGGUUUCGUUCACGCCGCUGGUCGCCUGGAGGAUAUUAAACGCAUCAAAAGCCCCAAGUACGCCCAGAUCUCCCCAAUCACCUGCAAUCGACUCGAGAGAUCCUCGCUGGAUAUUGAACAGCGGCUGUUGGUCAUCCGGGGCAAGCUCGAGGACUUUGAUUUUCCAUCCAUGUUCUCUGGGGUCGCCAACUCACAGGUCGCAACCGAGGCCAAGCUGGUAAGAUUCAAAGCCUGGAAAUUGGCUUUUGCGGAUUUCCGUAAGUUCACAUUGAGCUACUACCGACGCAAGUACGGUGCUUGGCCGCCUAAGGCGAAAUCGAAGAAAAACACCUUCGAAGAGAGUGGUCUGAAUCGAAGACUGUUGCAGGAGGUAUAUCAAGACUUUACCGAUCUGUACGAUAUGCUGGCUGACCGACACAACCUCACGACUCGAGCAAGCGAUGUUGCCCUACUUGACGAAAAUUCCAAGGCAGAUGAUGUGAAUGAAACGCUACAGCAUGCCCUGCGUCGCGUCGAGAGCGAGUAUGAUCGAGCCACUCCACCGGUCAUUCCACCAAUUCCUUUCGAUGUCCCGACCAUACCAGGCUUCAAGAGUAGUUUCAACCGAGUCCAUGCUCUGACGUCGAAAUCUGCCGGGAGUUUGAAGCGUCUCAAGGACAAUGAAGUCAACGAGAUCCUUCUUGGGUCAUACAACCGGGAGCAUAUCUCGACCAAUGUCUUCAUUCAGGAUUUCUUCUCCUAUGAACGAAAACUCAAUCAGGGCAAGACGAUGGAUGAGAUUGUUGACAAUCGGUGCGGCCAGUGGCUCUUCAUGUACGCGGUGCUACAGUCACUCCCGAUCAUGGUUGUAGACGCCCGCGAUGUGCAGUACAGGGAUGGUGUUGAAUACUUCCUCUGCAUGGCCCCACGAGGCGGUCGUCCGUGGAUGAAGGAGGACACGUCGCAGUCUCGCUCCUGGUACAACGUCUCGAGCGGCGGAGGUGUUGUCAGUUUGCCGGCCGAUCUAAUUGAUCACAGCGUCGAGGGCAUAUACCGAAGAAGCCAUUGCUGGGACAUUGCAACAAAGUGGGCCAAGGAUCUAGGUAUCACGCCCGCAGACGAUACAAACUCGAUUCUCUCAGGGCUAGGGCCACCACCAAGCAUGUCCGCAACACACGGCGGUCCCUCGUCGAUGUCGAAUCAAUCGUCCCCAACCGGAUCGCCGUUACUCAGGCCUUCCUCUGGGACAGACGGUGGUCGGCUCAGCACGUUAUCCUCGCGCAGCUCUGUAAACAUCGGCCUCGAGGCAGUGCCGCAACCUCCGGAGCGGCAGAGGCCGACAUCAGUCUUCAACCCGAAUAUUACGUUCGACCAGAUUCUCUCUGGGCCGCCGGCCGACGAAAAAAAGAAGAAGGGAAAGAAGUGA